AUGAAACCUCAAAAUAGCUUCUAUGACCAAGGAUAUCGAGUAUCAUCUCUAGAAAAGCAUAAAACAGAUUCACGGGAUAUUACUAAGACUCAAACGUAUGAAAAUCCUAGAGGAGCUCGGGACUCUAUUUUUCCCGCAACCUCAGAAGUUUCGAAAUCUAGAGAUGAAAGAAAAUCACAGAUAGGACCAUGGAAACUUGGAAAGACACUAGGAAGGGGAUCCACUGCACGCGUUAGACUAGCACAUCAUGAAUUGACCGGCCAGCAAGCAGCUGUGAAAAUUGUCCAGAAAUCGAGUGCGCGGAUGUUGCAGUCCGGAAGUCUUGCAAGUUUUGAUCGACUACAUUCAGAUUUGGGCGAAAAAAAAGAGAGAACAAAUCAGAUGCCAAUAGGAAUAGAAAGGGAGGUAGCUAUCUUGAAGCUGAUACAGCAUCCCAAUGUCAUGAAACUGUAUGAUAUUUGGGAAAAUAAAACAGAAAUCUAUUUGUGCCUUGAGUACGUUGAUAAUGGAGAGCUUUUUGAAAAAAUUGCCCUAAAAGGAGGUCUUGGAGAAGAAGAAGCCAUAAGAUACUUUAGGCAAAUUCUCAGCGCUUUAGAAUAUUGUCAUUCGUUUAAUAUUUGUCAUCGUGAUCUAAAACCUGAGAACAUAUUACUUACAAGUAAUGGAGAAAUUAAGAUCGCAGAUUUUGGAAUGGCUGCCUUGCAUCAAACUCCCAAUCAUCAGCUUACGACCUCAUGUGGAAGUCCUCAUUAUGCUGCGCCAGAGUUGAUCAGUGGUUCUAGAUAUCGUGGGAAUGCGGUGGAUAUAUGGAGCAUGGGGGUAAUUCUUUAUGCUACGCUUUCAGGACAAUUACCUUUCGAUGUGGCAGGGGUAUCGAAGAAUUGGCUCACUCCACUAUUGAAUAAGAUCAAAAAAGCAGAAUAUGAAAUGUUGGAUGAGUUUAGCCCUGAAGCGAAAAGCCUCAUACGAAAGAUGUUGCAAGCUGCCCCAAAAGAUAGAAUCACGAUAAGCCGAAUUUGGAGACAUCCCCUACUUAUCAAGUAUAACUAUUUAGACAACCUUGGAUCAAAAUUGUAUCCCACAGAUUUCAACUCUAAGGAAUAUGGACGGUUAUUACCUCAGAAAAGCGAGAUUAAUCCCAUUAUUUUUCGUCAUUUGAGAUCAAUGUGGCAUUUAUUUUCAGAAAAAAAACUGAUGGCAGCACUUCUUAGUAGUGAGCCGAAUGACCAAAAGCGUUUUUAUGUCCUCUUGAUGAAAUAUCGAGAUUCUCAAUUGGAGAACUACUCUCCUGAUAAAAUAUCUCAUGGAUUUGAGAAUCGUUAUGUCAAGCCUUUCAAGUUAACUAAAUCCCUUUCUAUUCGGGAACAUCAUAAGAAAAUAAAUAAUAAUAGUUUUGGAAGGCGGAUCUCAAGGUUUACGGUAAUAAGUAAUGGGAGUCAAAGUAGAAAGACAUCUAUCCCUCUAAAUUCUAUCUAUAUUUCCAGAUUAGAUUGUUUAAAAAAAGAUGAGAAAAUAACUAACUUUUCUAGUGGAACCAACGCAAAAAUCAAAGGGUAUUCUAUCUGCAAAUCAACAAAUACCGCAGCUAGUACGGGCUAUCAACAGCCGGUACCAUCUAGAGCUUAUGCUACACGAAGCUCGUUGUCUUGCUCUACAAUGAGUCAAAAUUUCACUGAUGGGAUUCCAGCUCCAGUUACGAGACGCCUAAAAGUAGGUUACGGACGCUGGAAAAGAGUGUCUCGUAGCGAUCUUGAAUCAACUUCUUUAAAUUCACUGGCAGCUAGGAGCUAUAGACGGCGGACAAAUUUUUUUAGAACUAAUAAUGGUGAGCCUAUUCUUUUACCAGGGUAUAAGAGAUCUAGGUUAAUCAAAGCAUUACUCUAUACUACAAAAGUAAAGAUGGAACCAGUGCAAAUUUUAAAAUCCUUGCAUCAUCAGCUAAUUAAUUCUCUAAAGUUUUCACUAAUUUCCCGCCAAAAAUUCCACAUCAACAAGAUCGAGAUGGGUUUAGACCGCUGCUUAUGGGCGAGUCUACGAAAGCCAGCACUAAAAGGGAUCUAG